AUGUCGAGACCAAAUGAACUCACAUGUGUUGAACAAAUGGUUCUGUUGGAUAUUAGAAAUAUGCUACAGUCAAUGGGUAAGGACAUAUCAUCAUUCCCUCUUCCUGAGAUCGAAGAGGAGCAUGACACCAUGUCUGGAGAGGUAAGGGAAAUAUUCGAAGAGAGAUCUAUAGAGGUAGACCAUGAAUUUGCCUCGAUCGUGUCAUCUCUCAAUCUUGAACAACGGUACGCUUAUGACAAAAUAUUAUCAUAUGUUGACAACGGUAAUGGAACUGCAUUCUUUGUUGAUGGUCCUGGAGGGACCGGAAAGACAUUCCUAUACAAAGCUUUGCUAGCGAAGGUCCGUAGUGAGGGAAAGAUAGCUGUUGCUACCGCAACAUCUGGUGUUGCUGCCUCUAUCCUGCCUGGUGGUAGGACUGCACACUCAAGAUUUAAGAUAUCACUGAGCAUACAAGAAGGAGGAGUGUGUAACUUUACGAAGCAGAGUGAGAUCGCGAAACUUCUUCGAAUGGGUUCACUUAUAUUAUGGGAUGAGGUCUCUAUGACAAAAAGGCAAGCAAUUGAGGCACUUGAUAAGAGCCUGAGAGACAUCAUGGAAAAGCCUGAUCUACCAUUUGGAGGAAAGACGAUAGUUUUUGGAGGUGACUUCAGGCAGGUCCUUCCAGUUGUGCGAAAGGGGACAAGAGCACAAAUAAUAAAUGCAACAUUACGCAAAUCUUACCUAUGGGAAAACAUGCAAAAGCUGAGGCUUGUUCGUAAUAUGAGGGCUCAAUCAGAUCCAUGGUUUUCUAACUACCUACUACGUAUCAGGAAUGGCACUAAAGAAACUGUGAAAGAUGACUAUGUAAAGAUACCCGACAAGAUAUGUGUGCCUUACACUGGUGCAGAAUCUGACAUUGAUAAUCUUAUUGAUAGUGUUUUCUAUGCUAGCAACACACCUAUCCAAUUUAGACUACAUCACAUCUCGCGCUAUUUUGUCAACAAGGAAUGA